ACAUCCUCCCUCAACCAAACCCCUCGUCCUCCUCUCUCUCUAUAAUUAUUUCUCGUUUUCUCUCUCAACAUUUACGAAUACAAGCUUGUAUACAUAUAUAGAAGGCCGCAAUGGAUAAAAGUGAAGACGAUGUUUACGUUUGCCCAAGCUUUAACAGCUAUUCAUCCGAUAGAUUAGCAGAGAUCGCGGUGAGAGUCGCCGUGGAGAAGUCGGAACAAGACGCCGGGGAUGAUGAUGAUGAUGAUUUUGAGUUCGCUUUAGUACGGGAAGAUAAAGAGGUUUCCGCGGAGGAGUUCUUAUAUGGCGGACAAAUAGGACCGAUUUUCCCCGUAUUUAACCGCGAUCUUUUGAGAGAUAAGGAUGGUGAGUUGAGUACAAUUAGCGAAGAGAAGAUAUUGGAGCCGAGUAUUGCGAUUCCGUUGAGUAAACUUUUCAUUGAUGAGGAUCAAGAGCGUGAUUGUCCGGCGUCGUGUUCAUCGUCGGAAGCCGAUGAAUUGGAGAACAUUCCAGCGGGCACGUACUGCGUUUGGCGACCAAAGAUGGCUGAGUCGCCGAUGCCGAGCCAGUGUAAGAAGAGCAAGUCGACUGGAUCAGGUUCGAAGAGGUGGAAGUUCCGCGAUUUGCUACGGCGGAGCAACAGCGAAGGCAAGGAUAGUUUCGUCUUUCUAACACCGAAGCGCCGGGAAGAAAAACAGGAGAAGUUAAUCCAAGCUACGAAAAACUCAAAGGAAUAUGCAGUCCGUUCCGCCUCCGGCUUCGCGGCGGGAUCGCCGUCGGCGCACGAGGCACUUUAUGUACGAAAUAGAGCUAUGAAGGAAGGAGAUAAGAAGAAAUCGUAUCUACCGUAUAGGCAAGAUCUUGUAGGGUUUUUCGCCAAUGUCAACGGUCUGCGUGGGAGUUUCCCGCACUUCUAGACCUCUGGAUCAAAGUAUUGUACCGCCAGUUCAUAGUGUGGUACGCCAAUGGGAUACUUAUUUUUAAUUUAUUCUUAUUCAAUUAAAGCUUUUUCCCAACCAAUAACUGUAUAGAUUAACGCUUUAUACUCCUCAUUAUUACUGCACUUACUCCGAAAUUUCGCUCAUUCA